AUGUACCUGACUUGGGUGCCUAAGGUAAUAGAGCAGAUACGUGCACAGAUGUACCUCUACACGAACCAGAGCGUAGAGGCACCUACUAUAAUAAUAUCGACAAGGGAGCGGCCACGAUUUCGGAACGCAAGCGCGUUCCCUCCACAUGUACCUACGGGGUUGUUGGUGUACCUAAUGUGGAUCCUCGGCAACGAUAACAUCGACGACGCACCCGUAUUAACUCGACAUCAUCUCCUGCGUCUGCGAGCCUCGGCGAACCCUACAAUCUCACCGCGUUGCUCAUCAUGGCGGACUAUGACCGCAGACAAUCUGGCGGUGGUUACAACAACCGCAAGAGACGACACAGAGACGAUGACGAAUUUGACCGCCGACCCCAGCGCCGACGUUACGAUGCGCCGCUCCCCGUCCGCAUCCGCAAGCAACUCUUAGGCCUGGCCGAAUCCCCUCUGCGUCAUUGGCAUGAAGAAGUUCAAUCUGUCGCCCAUAUCGUUGCCGACCACUACGACGACCAAGACCUUCGAACGAGCUUCCUGGAGCUCGUGCCGCAGAUAGUCAUCGAGCAACCGCUCAAGACCCCGUUCGUGGCCGCUGUGGUGCUUGUCCUCAACUCGCUGAAACCAGACGUUCUUGACGACCUUCUAGCUCGAGUCGCGACCGCGACCGAAGAGAAGGUGAAGGUGGGCGAGUGGCGAGACGUGAAGCUAUACUUAAAGUUUCUCGCGUGUUUGCAAAGCUGCUUGGAGGGCGAUGGUUUGUUCCCCGUUCUCGAGGGGCUCUUUUCCCGAGCUGUCGACCUGCAGACUGCCAGUUCGGACGACACAAUUGGCACCGAACUCGUCAAAAUCAUCCUCCUCACGAUACCGUACAUCAUGGCAGCUACCGUGCCUCCCCAAUGGCACCACAAGGCGGCGGAACUCAUGGAUAAGACAGAUGUCAUCGCUUCCGAACCCCACGCGCUCCAGGUCCUAAUUGAUCCGUAUGACGUCGAGGAAGGGGUGGACAGCCCAACGGCAAGCAUGAGUGUGAUCGGCCUCCUUCAGAAGCAGCUCCAAGGUGAGGCCGCGAACGGCUGGGAGCUUUCCUGUCUUCCGAGGCCGUGGCAGAUGCCGUUGGAGGAGGUGGAGCAGCAAGAAAAACUAGACAACGCGCAAAAGCACGCCCUGCCUAGCAUAUCCAUUCCGCAGAAGGUUGUUGCUGGACCCCGUCCCCUGUUCCCCGAGGUUUACCUCUCGGUCUACAUCAACCAGGACAUCGAGUCCGUUCCCCCGGUGAGCAAUGUCGCGUCAUCCUUGAUCCGAGACUGCCUUCUCGACACCAUCAACAUCCUGGACUUCAAUCGUGUCGCUACGGCCCGUUUCCUCAUAGACCUGGAUUGCUACUUCGCCCCCGGCACCUUCGUUAAGCGUGCGACGCCGUUCGACCGGCUCAGAGACGUAGAAGGCGACCGCUCAACAUGGAAGCCGGAGGAUGUCGCGGUUGACGCCGUCUUCUCCCUGAUAUUCUCGCUGCCAACGCCGGAGCACAAGCUUGUUUAUUACCAUUCCGUGCUCACGGAAGCAUGCAAGCUUGCGCCGGCUGCCGUCGCCCCUAGCCUCGGCCGCGCUAUUCGGCAUUCGUACCAGAAUGUCCACCGUCUAGACCUAGAGCUUUACCAUCGUUUCCUGGACUGGUUCACCCACCACCUCAGCAACUUUGGAUUCAUGUGGAAAUGGACCGAGUGGGCAGACGACGUCCGCCUCAGCGAACUAGAUCCGCGCGCAGCGUUCAUCCUCGGCGCCCUAGACAAGGAGAUCCGGCUCAGUUUUGCCCAGCGCAUCAAAGGAACGCUCCCCGAGCCUUACCAAGCGCUCAUUGGCCCCGAGAAAGAACAGGACACGCCCGAUUUCAAGUACGACGACGACAACGUGCCGUUUGCCGCCGAAGGCAGAGAGAUUGCCGCUCUGCUCAAGCGCAAGGCCCCGGAAGAGGAAAUACAACCCGUCAUCGAUCGUAUUCAUUCCGCGGCUCUAAACGAGCUCCUUCACCCGCUCACCUCCAGCACCGACGUCUUCAUGACAGCCGUCUGCUGGGUAGGGUCCAAGUCACUCUCUCACGUCCUAGCCUGCAUCGAGCGUACUAAGGACAGGCUGCUCGAUGCCGGGGCGGCGUCGGAAGCCGCAAGAGCGCAGAUCAUCACCGCCGUAACGGCCUACUGGUCCGCUCAUCCAGGGGUCGCUAUCAGCAUCAUCGAGAAGCUUCUCAAUUACUCUAUCAUCACGCCCGGGGCCGUAAUCGACUGGGCCUUGGUCGGCGACCGUGCGGGCCCGAACGGUCGGGCGCUAAGCAAGGCCUGGGUGUUCGAGCUAGUUUUGAACACGGUCGUCAAGGUGACCGGCCGUCUUAGGCAGGUUGUUAGCGGUGGCACCGCCGACGGUACCGAACAGGAGGUGGCCGCCAUGCGCGGGCUCUUCAAGAGCAUAGAGGAUGCUUUAACCACCUGGGUACGGUAUGCCGAGGAUUCGAUGACGGACGACAUUGCAACGAGUGAGAGCGAGCGGGAUCUCGUGAAGCGCUGGGGCGAGAAGUGGCUCAGGGUGUUCAGACGAAGGUCCGUUAUCGAGGAGGGAUUCCUUUUCGAAAACUGGGCUACUUCGUAGGCGCGACUAGAUACGAUCUUGCCGGCGUUAAGGAGGGUAGCCGGGAAAAAAGGAAAGGUGGACUACAACACUCGAGGGGUCAUCAAAAGCUUUGCCGAGGCCGGAGUAGUUAGCUGUUCCUGCACACACAUACUAAUCCUUCUGAGCAUCGACUGCAGCCUGGGACUC